UGUUCUUUCUGAGUUUAUAUACACAUUUUAUGUACAUAUAAUGCAGAACAUGUACCGAUACAUUUGGGACAUGUAAUUCAGAGGAAGACAAUCAGCUUUGUUUGACUAUGGAGGGGUUUAAUUGCCUUUACAAUAUGAAAGAUUCAUAUUUUUCUGUUCUCUACUUUUCAUUAUGUCUUUUAUUUUAAUAGAAAAAUGAAAAUUUCCUGCUGAAUGCUGACCUGUUUGUUGAUAUAUAUAUAUACUGUUUCUAAGCUCUCAGUCCUGUUCCUCUUGCAGCCAAGAUGCCAGAAACAGCAGAAGCUGUGUCAGCCACUCUCACCACCAACAGAAACUGCACCAUAGAAAUAACCAAUGUCAGCACUAACUACUGCCUCAUCAACCCCAAGGUGUACAUGGCGAGUGGCUUCUCUCACCACCCGCCACAGCCUACUGUUCGAUCAAGCAUGGCUGAAGUGUGCUCCUUCAUCAAGGACGACAACACUGCCACGGGCGCCGUGGGCCUGCUAACCUACGACCUGUUCCAUAUGCAGAGCCGGGUUUGCUCCGAUCGCAUGGCCAUCAUGUUCUCCGUGCCCUAUGACCACAACCUCUACAAGAACCGGCUGGCCAUAGGCGUUGUUGAGCAGUCCCGUGCCUGCGAUAAACAUCUGUACGACCAGCUGUAUGAUGGGAAAGAUCUGAGUAACUUCGCCCGCUCCGAGUCACAGGGCAGCGGGUUGGAAUACGGAGCUACAUAUGUUGAUGUGAGAGCUUCAAUGUCUUCUGUUGGCAAGGCCAUUGUUAAAGUGGAGCUGUAUGAUAAAAUGGGUCGUUAGUUUGUACUUUUGUUGCUUGUGUACCCAACAGAAUAAAUAAACUUCAUUUGAUUUGACUACUGCUGCAUGUUGACAUCCAGAGACACAUCCAGAGGAGAGGAAGACUGAUUUUGCUGUCAUCUGUAUUUUGUGUUCACUGAAAGAUAUCAAUAUCUGACAGCCAGCUCAUUGAUUCUCCAUUAGCUUAUUUCUUGGGCUUAUGUAUAUUGUACACUCCCUUUUUCUUUGAUUAUGGUAAUAAAACAUUCAGACCCAAUGCUUGUGUUGUGUGGGAUAUGUUUUCACUCAGUAUGCUUUCAUUAUUACUGAUGAACAGUAAUCAUUUUUUAAUCUCUUAGCUUGAUCCAUCCAAUUCUAAUGAGCAGCAACAGAUGGAAUAUCUGCAUAGAUGUUUUUUUAAUCGCUAU